GCGGGCCGGGGCACCAGCGCGGCUCGGCCGGCAGCGCCCACGCACCGCCGGGCACCCGCCUGCCCUCCCUGCUCCCGCCUGCCCCUCCUCCUUCUCCGGGACUCUCCGCUGGGAUCGGCCCCGCCGCGGCUGCCGCUGUUGUUGUUGGCCGGCGCGGCCACAUCGAGGAUAUUUUGGCUCCCGGCGCCUCGUUGUUUUGGACUCUCUCCGUGUGCGCGGUGCCGGUGCCGCCUCCCCGGGAGCGACGCGCAGGAGCGCCGGGAUAUCGGGGGCCAGAUGAGUGAUUUUGGGAUCAGGAACAUGGAUCAAGUGGCUCCCGUGUCGAACAUGUACAGAGGAAUGCUCAAGCGUCAACCGGCGUUUGACACCUUUGACAGCUCAAAUGCUCUUUUUGCCGGAUAUUUUUUCUCGCUAAAUGAAGACCAAACGCUUCAAGAAGUGCCCACGGGAUUUGAUUCUACUUCUUACGAGUCCAACAACUGUGAAUUGCCUCUGUUAACCCCGUGCAGCAAGGCUGUGAUGAGUCAGGCCUUGAAAGAUACUUUCAGUGGUUUCACAAAGGAACAGUGUCGGCUGGGUAUCCCAAAUAAUCCCUGGCUGUGGACUGAACAGCAAGUUUGCCAGUGGCUUUCAUGGGCUACCAAUGAGUUUAGCUUGGCAAAUGUGAACUUCCACCAGUUUCUUAUGAGUGGCCAAGAUUUGUGCAACCUGGGCAAGGAGCGUUUCUUGGAACUGGCACCUGACUAUGUGGGUGAUAUUCUGUGGGAACACCUGGAACAGAUGAUAAAAGACAGCCAAGAGAAAACACAGGAUCAGUAUGUGGAGAACUCUCAUCUCACCUCUGUUCCUCACUGGGUCAACAAUAAUUCCUUAACUGUUAAUGUAGAUCAGAACUCCUAUGGAAUGCAAAUGCCUGGAUACCCUAAACCCCUCAGUUAUCCCAAACCCAGCCUCCUGACUGACGUCUGUCAGACUUCCACAGCACCGAAUCUCCUCAACCCAGAACAAGAGUUUUCAUUGUUCCCUAAAGCCCAAGCAGAUGCUGUUGGUGUGAACUACUGCGCAGUAAACCAGGAUUUCCCAAGGAACAACCUGAAUUUGCUGAUGGACAAUUCUGGUAAGCUGAGAGAACACGAAUCCAGUGACAGUGGUGCAGAAAGCUAUGAAAGCUCAGAUUCCAUGUUGCAGUCCUGGAACAGCCAAUCUUCCCUGGUGGAUUUACAGCGUGUGCCGUCCUAUGAGAGCUUUGAGGAUGACUGUAGCCAGUCCUUGUGCCUGAGCAAACCUACAAUGUCUUUCAAAGACUAUAUUCAGGAAAGGAGUGAUCCUGUGGAGCAAGGGAAACCAGUUAUACCAGCAGCCAUCCUGGCUGGCUUCACUGGCAGUGGACCUAUACAGCUGUGGCAAUUCCUGCUGGAAUUACUGACUGACAAGUCCUGUCAGUCAUUCAUUAGUUGGACAGGAGAUGGAUGGGAAUUUAAACUUGCUGAUCCAGAUGAGGUGGCCCGGCGGUGGGGGAGGAGGAAAAACAAGCCCAAGAUGAACUACGAGAAGCUGAGCCGGGGCCUGCGCUACUACUACGACAAGAACAUCAUCCACAAGACGUCGGGGAAGCGCUACGUGUACCGCUUCGUCUGCGACCUCCACAACCUGCUGGGCUACACGGCCGAGGAGCUCCACGCCAUGCUGGGCGUCCAGCCCGACACCGAGGACUGAGCCCCCCUGCCCGGGGAGAAGGGGGGAAAGACCACCUCAUGUGGGGGACUCCGUGUGGGAGAAGGGGAGCCUGUUCUCCCGCCUGUGCUCCGGCCGGGGCGCCGCUCUUGGGGAAAUCGGGACCUUGGCGGCCGCGAGAGCCGGAGGGAGGUUUUUUGGGCCUCUGGGUGUUGUCGGUCGGCGCAGCCCCCUGGAUCUGUCGCGCGGGGACACGGAAAACGCUCUGGGAU